AUGAGUGAAUCUUUACAAUCAGUAUUAAUCAUUGGAGGCUCUGGAUUUUUGGGUCUUCAUUUAAUAGAACAAUUUCAUAGACAUUGUCCUAAUGUUGCAAUCACAGUAUUUGAUGUACGUCCUUUACCUUCCAAAUUAUCGAAAUAUUUCACCUUUGAUCCUUCUCAAAUACAAUUUUUCAAAGGAGACUUGACUUCAGAUAAAGAUGUUACUGAUGCCAUAAAUCAAUCUAAAUGUGAUGUGAUUGUUCAUUCAGCUUCACCUAUGCAUGGAUUACCUCAAGAAGUUUAUGAAAAAGUGAAUGUUCAAGGAACAAAGAAUUUACUUUCCGUUGCACAGAAAUUACACGUCAAAGCUUUAGUUUAUACAUCAUCAGCUGGUGUUAUAUUCAAUGGACAAGAUGUUAUCAAUGCUGAUGAAACUUGGCCAUACCCAGAAGUUCAUAUGGAUGGUUAUAAUGAAACAAAGGCGGCAGCAGAAGAAGCCGUAAUGAAAGCAAAUGAUGAUGAUCAAUUACGUACGGUAUGUUUACGUCCAGCAGGUAUUUUUGGACCAGGCGAUCGUCAAUUGGUUCCUGGAUUAAGAGCCAGUGCUAAAUUAGGACAACUGAAAUACCAAUUGGGUGAUAACAAUAAUUUGUUUGAUUGGACAUAUGUUGGAAAUGUCGCUGAUGCCCAUGUAUUAGCGGCACAAAAGAUUUUAGAUAAAUCUACAAGAGACGAAAUUAGUGGUCAAACAUUUUUCAUAACUAACGAUUCACCAACAUACUUUUGGACAUUGGCAAGAACUGUUUGGAAAAAUGAUGGUUAUAUUGAUAAAUAUUACAUCAAACUACCAUACCCCGUAGCAUUGACUUUGGGUUAUAUCAGUGAGUUUGUUGCCAAAAAUAUUUUGAAAAAAGAGCCAGGUAUUACACCUUUCAGGGUCAAGGUUGUUUGCGCAAUAAGGUAUCAUAAUAUUGCUAAAGCUAAAAGAUUAUUAGGGUAUAAACCAGAAGUCGAUUUGGAAACUGGUAUCAACUACACUUUAGAUUGGAUGAAUGAAGAUUUGUAA